GAAUGCUCAAUAUAUAUUCAUGGUAACAGGUACCUGGACGUAUCUUUUUACUACAACUACAAGACAUUCAAGAACUCAACAACCAUGGGUUCUACCUCAGCAGCCAAUAAGCUCACCUCCCGUCAUCCCCUUCAACGUCUUCCCUCUCCCUCUCCAACAAUCUCCGCCCUCAUUCAUCUCAUUGGUCUUGCUUCCUUCUCCCUUUCUUACAAAUAUCUUUUCGACUUCCCAACAUUUAUCAACUCGUCCUAUGGCUGGCACUUCCAAUACCUCACCAUUAUUGGUCUUACUCUAGCUUUCUUGACAUUUGUCUUCGGUUUCCUCGCAGACAUCACUCUUUCCCCAAGACUUUUCUUGAUCAAGAAUUCUCUUUCAUUAUGUUCUGCCCCUCUGGAAGUUUUGAUCUCCGUGUUAUAUUGGGGAAUCUCGGCUAUUGAUAAGAAGCUUUUGGUACCUCCUGAGAUCUACAUUAGUCCAUAUGCUGAUGUUGGGUUCCAUGCUAUGCCAGCGAUCUUGUUGACGAUUGAUCUACUAUUCUUGAGUCCACCAUGGACCAUCAAUGCAUUACCUGCUAUGGGACUUUCAUCAACUUUGGCCGUUGCAUAUUGGGCUUGGGUAGAACAAUGUUAUAAGUACAACGGAUUUUACCCAUACCCAUUAUUUGGACAUCUUGAUACAACACAGAGAGCAAUUUUGUUCACUGGAGCUGCCUUGACGAUGACUGGCAGUACGGCAGUGCUUAAAUGGCUAUAUGGAAGAGUCAAUGGUUUGCAGCGUGCUCAAUAUAGAAGCAGCCCCAACAACAUCAAGGGGAGAUAAACUUAUCUUUAUACAUUUUUUUUUAGAUUUUUUUAUAUUGUUUUUUUUUUUUUUUUUUUACAGAAAGAUAGAUAAUGAUUUAUGGAUUUGGGGCGCUAUCAUAUCCAUGUCGUUUAUAUACCUACCUAGUACUCAAAGAUUUCGAAGGUUUCUAUAAUUUGACCA